CUCAGGGGGUUUUCCUCGCACCCCGUAGCAGCCUGGGAGCAGAGGUUGGUAGAGUGAGGCAAGCCACGCACAGAAGUGGUGAGGCAAGCCACGCCAGUGAAUCAAAAUAACUCUUGAACUUUGUAACUUUCCAUACCAAAGUGAUCGGGGCUUCUUUUUUUCCUUCAAAUGUUUCUGGAAGGUGGAUGAUCGUUCCCAGGAGGAUUAUACUUGGAAAUAUUUCCAGCAGCGACUGAGCUGCUUGACUGCGAUCGGAACGCCGGUGGACGUUACUUACUUUGACCCAAAGGAGAGGUUACCUGUGACUUUUUUUUUUUUACGACAUUAUUGAAGGCUGCUCUGUAUGCAGGAGAGAUAACGUUUAUUAUUGUGUGUAGCCACUUUAGGAAGGUUAAGGAGAGGAGAGAAGUGCAGUGGGCUUUCCAUACAAAGGACAUUUGUUCCCAGGCAUCGUGGGGGUGGAACAGGAGCAGUUUGGAUGACAGGAAGGGGGAGAGAUGACCCUUGACAUCCUAAAAGGGACACUGGACUGGGGCCAAAACGUGUCCCUCCUUUCACCUUGAAUCGGUUCCUCCAGAAAUACAACAGGUUGAGAAACAAAAAAUGGAGGGUGCUGGUAGGAGCCCGACUAAACCGGAGAGCCUGCCUCCCAGCUCCUUAAUCAAUAAGCUUUCCUCCGUCUUCGGCCGCGACUGGUCUGCACCGGCCGGGACAGCCGUCCUGACGUCUUUCAAAACUCUUUCGAAGGAGGAAGCUACUGUGGAUGAAAGUACGCAAACAUCUAGGCUCUUAAGCACAAAUGCCGAGCUGCAAGACGGCGUGUAUUCCCGUCAUAAAUGUGUCUCUGCGCCUUCCGUGGAAACGCAGGAUGUUCAAUCGGGGACGUUCACCCUCAAGGAGCAGUCAGUUGAUUCGGAUUUGCAGCGGGUCACCAUGGUGGAGACCUACAGUGACGCUGAGAACGACGACGUUGACGACGAGAAGGGGAUACACACAGCCGUCGCACAAUCGGGAGGGCUUUUUCGGACUCCGGAGAUGCUGCUGUCGGAACAGACGGGCAGGGGAAGAGAGCGGCCCGGAGAUCCGCCGCUUGAGUCCGGCCAGGAGUAUAGAUAUAACGAAGAGAACGUGGACUACCCAGUGUUUAGAACUCACAAUCUGAUGGAGCUAUCCCUUAAGAACCCGUCUGCACUUUCCAAAAGCAGGUUCCCCCGGACAAACUCUAAGACGGGCCAGGAUGAUCCAGACGGUCCACUGAGGGACACCUCAACCAACACGCCUGGGAAUGACGAAACGCGACUAUUUGAGGCUGUGGCCACACACGUCAAAGCAGACACCGUCAGCUUCAGUAGCAUAGACGUAGUAACCGGUCCGGACAAUGUGAAGGCGGAAGGGCUUUCUUCAGCAAUAGACUCGGCAGAUGAAUCUGGUGAAUCUGCAUUGUUGUCAUCUUCUGAGGCGCCUGUUAAAAAAGUAUCUUUGAUUUCCUUGGAAGUAGAGCGACAGAAAGCCCGAAACGUGGACCAAGUGAAGGAGAUAAGCAGGAAGAAGCCAGGAGAUGUGAAGGGGCCAGAGGAGUCUCGUUCCAGCGCUGUCUCCUCCCCCCUCCCCCUAUCUACUACCACAAAAACUGUUUCACUCGGAACCUCCACUAGCCCAGAAUCACAGUCGGACACUAAUGGCAAGACUGAGGACCUUUCAGGGUCCUCUGGUUGCACCAAAGCACACAGUAACUCAUCCGCCUCACCCCGGAUCACACAGGACCCCACCAAGACUGGUGUCAGAUCACCUAGCUCGUCCCCAAAGAAAACGGCCUCAUCCCUCCCGGCCUCCGCCAACUCAUCCCCCUCCAAGACGGCAGCCUCGUCUCCGGCUCCGCCCUUCCAGCUGCCGGCUCUCUUCAGCGGGCUGAGGGUGCACAAGAAGGGUGCAACUGGGGAGGACCGGGAAACGCUUUCGGAGAUCAAGCAGAGGGAGAAGGACACUGAGCUGGCCGUGCUCAGCCUGAAGAAGACCGUGAACAAGGCCAAGCAGUACCCCGAGCAGAUCGUGGUGACGCCGGUCAGGAGACGCAGCGAACCCAAACAGAUGGCCGAAACCAAGAGCAACCUGCUCGGGCAGCUCAACCUGCUCCUGAACCUGGACAACCAUGAGAUGAGCAGCAGGCCCGACCAUGAAAAGGAGUCCCCCGCUGAAGCCAAAAAGGAUGCCCCCAAAGGGGAGAAGGAGGGGACAACGGAGCAAGACGUGGCAGUCGUCACAACGCCAACUGAAAAAAAGAAAACCUCAGAUUUAGCCUAUGAAACUUUUAAAAACCUUUUUGGCCCAAAAACCCCGAAAAAGGGGAUCACGGAACCUACGGACCUAGAUGCUGUUAAACAGAAACUUAAAAGCGAGAAGGAGCUUCUGAAGUCUAUCUUUGACAGAGCUGCAAAGUCUCCACUCAGCCCCACUGACCCAAAGAGUCCCACAGAGGUUUAUACCGAGGUGACCUCCCCAACAGACAGCGAGGACCGGACCCCUCGCCGUCUCCAGGCCAUCUGGCCGCCCCCCAAGCCCAAGGAUGAGGAGGAGAAAGUGGGACUCAAGUACACCGAGGCAGAGCACCAGGCUGCCCUCUUGCAGCUGAAGAGAGAAUGCAAGGAAGAGAUGGAGAAGUUGCACGCAGACUUUGAGCUCCAGACCUUCCAGCUGCGGGGAGAGCACGCCGUGUCGGUGUCCCGCCUGGAGGGUGUCGCGGCCCGGCUGGAGAGGGACGGCCCGCGGGGCGCCCUCAAGGCCGGCGUGGAGCUGCGCGAGGCCUGCGUCUCCACGGAGGACGAGCUGCCGCCGCCGCCGUCGCCGCCCAAGUCCUUCCGCAACGUCUGCGUGCAGACCGACCGGGAGUGCUUCCUCAAGUCCCCCGACGAGGGCCCUGCCGUGAGCCCCGGCCAGCAGCACAUACCCCGCAGGCUGACCCUGGACGCACUCCCGCUUGGCAUCGGGGCCGGGGCAGCACCUGGACCGCCACCGCCGCCACCACCCUUGCCAGGCCACCUCGCACCACCCCCCCCUCCUCCGUUGCCGGGACACAUGAGAUUGCCCGGACCUCCUCCACCCCCACCCCUCCCCGGCGCUGGACCUCCACCCCCCCCUCCGCCCCCACCUCUCCCAGGCACUGGACCUCCACCCCCACCUCCGCCCCCACCUCUCCCAGGCGCUGGACCUCCACCCCCACCUCCGCCCCCACCUCUCCCAGGCGCUGGACCUCCACCCCCACCUCCGCCCCCACCUCUCCCAGGCGCUGGACCUCCACCCCCACCUCCGCCCCCACCUCUCCCAGGCGCUGGACCUCCACCCCCACCACCUCUCCCCGGCGGUGGCCCUCCACCCCCGCCUCCAUUCCCUGGAAUGGGUCCGCCACCUCCUCCCCCACCACCGGGCUCCGGCCAACCACCCCCACCUCCCAUGGGUGGCUACACUCCGAAGGUGGAGAAGGCCCCGCGGAAGCCCAGCGUGGAGCCGGCCUGCCCCAUGAAGCCCCUGUACUGGACCCGGAUACAGAUCCAGGACAACAACAACAACACGCUGUGGGGCUCCCUGGAGGAACCCGACCUCGUAGACACCGGGGAGUUCGAGGAGCUCUUCUCCAAGGCCACCCUGCAGCCCAAGAAGAAGCCCCUGUCUGACGCCUACGAGAAGAAGGCCAAAACCAAGAAGAUCAUCAAGUUACUGGAUGGGAAGAGAUCUCAGGCCGUGGGCAUCCUCAUAUCCAGCCUGCAUCUGGAGAUGAAGGACAUCCAACACGCUGUUCUUACUGUGGACAACUCUGUUGUGGAUUUGGAGACCAUUGAAGCGUUAUAUGAAAAUAGAGCCACCAGUGAUGAGCUGGAGAGAAUAAAGAAGCAUUAUGAGACUUCCAAAGAAGAUGAGGUCAAACUGUUGGACAAACCGGAGCAGUUCCUCUAUGAGCUUUCCCAGAUUCCGGACUUCACGGGCCGGGCCCACUGCAUCAUCUUCCAGUCGUCCUUCCUGGACAGCAUCGCAUCCAUCCGUCGCAAGGUGGAGAUCGUCUCCACUGUGUCAAAGGUGCUCCUGGAGGGCAGCAGUGUGCGGGAGGUGAUUGGCCUGGUGCUGGCCUUCGGGAACUACAUGAACGGCGGGAACCGAACCCGGGGCCAAGCAGACGGCUUCGGACUGGAGAUCCUCCCCAAGCUCAAAGACGUCAAGAGCAGGGACAAUCGCAUCAGUCUGGUGGACUACGUGGUGUCGUACUACCUACGCAAUUUCGAUGAGUAUGCAGGGACGGACAAGAGUGUGUUCCCUCUGCCCGAGCCACAGGACUUCUUCCAGGCCGCCCAGGUCAAGUUUGAAGAUAUCACGAAGGACGCCAGGAAGCUGAAGAGAGAGCUGACAGUGUGUGAAAAGAAUGUGCAGAAGGUGUGUGCCAACUCCUCAGAGGAACACCUCCAGCCCUUCAAAGAUAAAAUGGAAGGCUUUCUCUCCGUCGCUCAUGAGCAGCAUGCCACCGAAGACAACAGACUUGACACAGCACUGAAGAGUUUCCAAGAAAUGGCAAGCUACUUCGGGCUGAGGCCCAAGUCUGGAGAGAAGGACGUGGCCCCCGGUUUUGUCUUCAUGCUCUGGUAUGAGUUCUGCUGCGACUUCAAGAACACUUGGAAGAGAGAGAGCAAGACCAUCUCCAAGGAGCGACUGAAGGAGGCGCAGGAGAACAUAAAAAAGAUUACGGCAGACAAGAGGGUAGAAACCAAGAAGAUCAACGCCAACAGUCUGAAAGAGAGACUGCGCCAGAAGCAGGCCUCUUCUUGAGGAACGCGGCGAGAGCGAUUUACGGACCAAUCAAAGCGCAGGGAGCCCAGGAAUAGCGAACACAACGACGGUACCGGAGAACCCGAGGUACCAAAUGAAAAAAAGCCCUGCCGGCUCCAUCUCUCCUGCGCUCACCACAUGCCUAACCCGACACCAUACCUCAUAGUUCACCGUCCUGCGCGGCACAUUUUUUGCCUCCCCGCGUGAACCUCGCUCCGACAACUCCACCCAAUACCCUACCUCGUCUUCCCCUCGGGUUCUGCUGCACCCAACGGAUCUACCCAGUAGUGCAGACUGCCCCCCCCCCCCCCCCACCUCCUCCCCUCCUCCGUCUAUUUAGCACCCUCUCCGACUGACUGGUCUCACCCAGCGAACAUGCACACUGUGGGGGCUGCGUCACCACGGGACAGCAGCUCUGGAGGACAGCGGGCAAGACGGAGGGACCAGAGGGAAUGCAGGAGGGUAAGGAGUCCUGUCCCGUCGUCGCCUGCGACUUCGUGGCGUCGGCCUGCGUUGCUGACACGGUCAAAGUGAUGGGAGUACUCGAGGGAGGGGGGUCUUUGGGGGGGGGGGGUCAAAGGUCGACCUCAUUCAUCCCGCAUGGGUGUGACCUCGAGUGGCCGGCUUGUGAAAGGGUCACGGGGGGUCAGGGGUGUUCACAAUAGCGCCAGCUGAUAUAUCGACACAGGGGUGAGUUACACGGCCGGCUGAGCUCCUGGGUUCACGCUGGGUGCCUGUGCGGAUGGUAUUUAGCGUGAGAUAUGUUGCCCACGUUAGCAGAAUCACCAGUAACACAUGCCGCUGCCUACCGCUGGAGGGUCAUUGCUGUAAAAUACGAGCCGCGGGAUGUUUGUGUUUUAGAAGGAAGUCAACCGUCGAGGAACGCUUAACCAUUCGGUAGAAGUAGUCAAGCUAUAGACAAACUGAGAUAUCACUUUGAAUAUGCUCGUAUUAAACAACAGCUAGUCAUUCACAAUGGAGUAUUAUGUGUUGUACUUGCGUUUAAUUUGGUGUUUUUGGACGUAUCAGGGGCCACGAGAUGGAUGAUAUAAUAGUAUAACUUGUGUUCUGUGAGUAGGCAAUAUCGAGUCAUGUUGUUGCAGUGCAUCCAUGCAGGAUGUGGGUCAAAACCACGAGCAGACCCUGGCCCAAUAACACGAGAACCUGCCCCCAAACACACAAGGAUAAAUGGGUUCUCAUGGAUCGAGCUAAAACAGAGCGAGAAUAGAAUCAGGAGAGGGAAGUGUUGUUCCGAGGUAAGAAAAAUGGAGUGUUAAUUCUAUGAAAUAGUUUAUUUUGAAAAUGAUUUAUGAAGUGUCUGUCAUGUCUUGCACACCUUCCUGCUUGUAAAAUAUGUACACAGUAAAUAGCUGCGCCACAUUCCCCUGGGAUGGUAGGCCUACCUAUAUUACAAAUGUAUUGCACUUUUUGCACUCUUUUCCUAUGCAAAGCUAUGGUUUCCUUGAUAAAACAGGUUCAUGAAUUGUACGGCAUCACAAUGAAAAUGGUAGAGAUGUUGAAUUUUUAAGAGUAGCAUAUGUGUUCAAUUUAAGAUUUUAUUUUCACUAUUUGUCAGAUAUCAGCAUUAAAAACACAUGUGAAUAUACCUCUAUUUAUGGGAAUAAAACAUUUAUUUUAAGGUUUUUCCUUUUAGGAUAUAUAUUUUUAGGAGAUGUAAAAUGGUCAAGAAGCUGCCUAAUAUUUAAUUUGGAUGAUACAAACUCUGUCUGUAAAUAUACCUUGCUAUGUAUUUGGCGCCUACGUGGAUGUGGUGCUAUUAUAAUCAAAAAAUGCUGUUUAAUCAAAGCUUUUAUACAAGGUUGUUUGAUUUCUGUUCGUUUUGAGACUAAUUAUUAAAAUUAUGUAACACUCA